AUGUCACCUCUCCUCGACUGGCUGCUCGCGCAUGAACCUUCAUUUCGCAAAACACGACUUCCCUCGUUAUACUCCGACCUUAACGUCCAGCGCACCUCCAAUCCCGAAGGCUACACCGCCAACGUCGACGCGUGGUCGUCGGCCCUGAUUCACGCCGCAGUCGCCGGCCAAAUCCCCGGUGGCGAGCAUCAUUUGAUCCUGCAAACGAAUGACGAACUACUCAAUGCGCUGGCAAGUCCUACAUAUGGCAAGCCUAGUGGGCUUGGAAGUGUCCUGGACGAGUGCGUAAGGCAGGGCAAGAUGAUUGAUCUGCAAGAUUUUAUAACUUCCGAGAGGAGCAUAUACUCCAGAAGCUGGAUCCCGAGUCCGUGGGCGGUCCUGCGUUGGAGCCUACAAAAAGCCGGGUUGUCGUGGAGUAGUGGGUGGGAGUUAAGUGGUAGCAGGUUAAAGGCAGGAAAGCUCGCGCUGGUCCCGGCGUUGGAGGAAGUCUGGACGAGAUUAUCCGCUGCGGGGGAGGGAACAAGAUCACAGACUAUGACUGACAGGGUCAUGACACGGGAAAUGUUUCUGAGAGACGUCAACAGUGUCCUCAACCAGGCCGGCGGCGAGAUGAUAACAGGGCCAGGGUCACUGUCAAAUCAAGACUUGGAGGUGCUGCUCCGCUACCUGUCCCGCGACAAACAAGUCCUGUCCUACGACGGCAGCACCGUAAAGUUCAAACCGCCUUCCUCUACCACCGCUCCGGAGCCGAUAACACAGGAAGAUCGCUCGAUCGCAUCCCUGAAAUCGCUCAUCGAAGACCUUUCCCAAAAGACCACAACUUUAUCAACUCGCAUCGUCGCACUACAAUCUCAAGCCUCUGCGGCCGUGAAAUCCGGCAACAAACCCAGCGCCCUCUCGGCCUUGCGCUCAAAGAAACUCGCCGAACGGGCCCUCCAGCAGCGUCUGGACACGUUACAUCAGCUUGAAGAGAUUUACACCAAGAUCGAGACGGCCGUGGACCAAGUGGAGAUCCUGGCCGUGAUGGAGUCGUCCGCGUCGGUGCUCAAGACGCUGAACAAGCGGAUCGGGGGCGUCGAGCGCGUCGAGGACGUGCUUGAAAGCUUGAGGGAGGAAGUCAGCAAAGUCGACGAAGUCUCCAGCGUGAUGGCGGAGCCGGUGGAUCAGAAGGCGGUGCUGGAUGAGGAGGAAGUGGACGAAGAGUUGGCGGCCAUGGAGAGAGAGGAGCGCGAAAGAACCAAAAAGGUCGAGGAGGACAAGACCAGGCAGAAAUUACAGGAGCUGGAUGCGCUGGAGCAGCUGCGCAAGGAAAGGGAGAGGGAGAGGAAACCCGAAUUGGAAAUGCAACAAGGCGAACAUGCCGAAGACAGAGAGUCGGAACAGGCCCUAUCGACCAGCAUAGAGAAGUUACAGAGACUGGAUAUUGACGAGCACACUAACACAGAGGCACCUGCGGGCGCGCAAGGACAACACCAACAGCGACAUACAGAGAAAAUUGCUCAACAAGCAUCCUAG